AUGUCGACCGAUGAAGAAGUGAAGGCGGAGGCGGCGGCGGCGCACUUCGUGUUCGUCCCGCUAAUGGCCCAGGGGCACAUCAUCCCUGCCGUCGACACCGCGCUGCUGCUGGCCACUCAAGGCGCGCUCUGCACCAUCGUCGCCACGCCGUCCACGGCGGCGCGGGUGCGCCCCACCGUCGAAUCCGCCCGGCGCUCCGGCCUGCCAGUCAGCCUCGUCGACUUCCCGCUCGACUACGCCGCGGUCGGCCUGCCCGACGGGGUUCCAGGCGGGGCGGACAACAUGGACAACCUCCCCCCGGAGUACAUGCUGGCCUACUUCUCCGCCGUCGCGCUCCUCCGGGGGCCGAUCAAGGCCCACCUCCGCGACCGCGCGCCCCGGCCACCGACAUGCAUCGUGUCCGACUUCUGCCACCCGUGGACCGUGGAGCUCGCGGCCAGCCUCGGCGUCCCCCGGCUCAGCUUCUUCAGCAUGUGCGCCUUCUGCGUCCUCUGCCAGCACAACGUCGAGAGGUUCAACGCCUACGACGGCGUGCUCGACUACAACCACCCGGUCGUCGUGCCGGGGCUGGAGAAGCGGUUCGAGGUGACGAGGGCGCAGGCCCCCGGCUUCUUCCGGGGCUGGCCCGGGUGGGAGAAGUUCGCCGACGACGUGGAGCGCGCGCGGGCCGAGGCCGACGGCGUCGUCAUGAACACCUUCGUGGAGAUGGAGCCCGAGUACGUCGCCGGCUACGCGGCCGCGAGGGCGAUGAAGGUGUGGACCGUGGGGCCGGUGUCUCUCUACCACCAACACGCCGCAACGCUGGCGGCGAGAGGGAACACCGCGGCAAUCGACACCGACGACUGCGUCCGGUGGCUCGACGACAGGGAGCCCGGCUCCGUGGUCUACGUCAGCUUCGGCAGCAUCGCGCACGCGGACCCGAAGCAGAUCUCGGAGCUCGGCCUGGGGCUGGAGGCGUCGGGCUACCCUUUCAUCUGGGUGGUCAAGGACGCCGGCCGCCACGACGAGGCCGCGCUCGCCUUCCUCCGCGAGCUCGAGGAGCGCGUCGCGGGGCGUGGACUGCUCGUCUGGGGGUGGGCGCCGCAGGCGCUCAUCCUGUCGCACCGCGCGGCGGGCGCGUUCGUGACGCACUGCGGCUGGAACUCGACGCUGGAGGCGGUCGCGGCGGGGCUGCCGGUGGUGACGUGGCCGCACUUCACGGACCAGUUCCUGAACGAGAAGAUGGCGGUGGAGGUGCUGGGGAUCGGCGUCAGCGUCGGGGUGAAGGAGCCAGUGAUGUACCGGAUGGAUGAGAAGGAUAUCGUGGUUGGGAGGGAGACGGUGGAGGCCGCGGUGAGGAGCGCCAUGGACGGCGGGGAGGAUGGCGAGGAGAGGCGCUGCAAGGCCCGUGCGCUCGCGGUGAAAGCGAGGGCGGCCAUGCGGGAGGGGGGCUCGUCGCACGCCAACAUCCGCGAUCUGGCCAAGAGUUUCCAGGUGGGCGCCACACAAGAUACCCCCGAGUGA